AAGUACGACCGUCAUGACAUCAACAAGGCUGCUUGGGAGAUGUAUCACCAAUACGGACCCGUCGUGGCUGAGACACUGCCGGGACGGCGAGUUGUUGUGCACCUCUUCAGUGCAGGCGACUUUCGCACUCUGUACCAGGAGGAAGGGAGGACGCCGUACCGCAUGGGCGCCCAGCCAUUCAAGUUGUACCACGACUCGAGGCCAAAGUACUUCGCCAACCCCGGAAUAAUUAACGCUCAACUCGAGCAGUGGCAACAUAUUCGUGCCAUGGCGCAGCCUUCAACGCUUCGUCCUCGGGCAGUGCAGUCUUACGCUGAAGGAAUAGUAGAGGCUGCCCGCAGCGUUGUCGACUACAUCGCCGUGCAGCGAGACAAGAACGGAUACGUGCCCAAUUGAGGUCAUCAUGAACAAAUGGGCACUAGAGUCAAUCAUGAUGGUAUCCCUGGAAAAAAACUCGGACUACUUGGCGGAAGCGUGAAACGGGACUCGGAAGCGGAAACAAUCUUCUACGCCGUCGACCGCAUCUUCAAUGGUCUGGAUGCACUCGUGACGCACUUCCCGUACUACCGCUACUUUCCGACGCCCACGAGCCGCAGUUUCAAUGGUGCCGGAGAUGCGCUUGUACCGCUGCUGUUCCGCAUGACUGAAGAAGCAGUGGCCGAGACACUAAGGGAGAGCAACCAGAGCAGCACCAUACUACAACGCUUGCUCAGACACCAGAAGGCUGACCUGAAGGAGAUGUUCACAUUCCUGCACGACGUUGUCAUCUCCGGGGCCAACACAACAGGAGCUGCGGCUACAUUCGCUCUCUACCAUCUGGCUACAAAUCCUGAGGUCCAAGCAAAAGUGCGAGACGAGAUCAUGUCAUUGCCGUCUGAUCAGCACCCAGAAGGAACGCAAUCAAGCAGUGAUAAUGCUUUACCGUAUAUGAAAGCUUGCAUAAAAGAAACCCUCCGGCUUCAUCCCAUCAUCCCUGGCGUCAAUCUGAAAGUAAAGCGUCAAGUCAUCAUGUCUGGGUACUGCAUACCAGCUAAUGUGGUGCUAAGGACCGAGUGGUACGUAGCCGGGAGGCUGGAGGAGAACUUCAGCCGAGCGUCCGCGUUUCUGCCCGAAAGGUGGCUGCAGAGGUCGAGCGAGGAGGAGCGUGAUUCCGGCAAGGCCGGCGUUAAAGCGUGGACCCUGCAUCCGUUCGCGUCGUUGCCCUUUGGCAUUGGGCCGCGAACGUGCAUUGGUAAAAGAAUCGCCGAGAUGGAGCUCUGCACACUUCUGACUCAAGUACUGAAGAGGUACAAAGUUCAAAGUCACCAUGUUGACAUCGGAUUUCGUACUCAAUCCACUGGAAGGGCUGAGCGACCGGUCACAUUGCAGUUUAUUGAUUUAGAGUCCACGGUUACAAGUUCCGCUUGAAUACAUACAAUACCAAUCUAACCAUCGCCAUAACUCAUGGAGCUUGUCAAUCAUACAACAGACA